GCCAAACCGUUAACUUUCCCUCCAUUUGACCGUUAGUUGACUCUGACGUGGCAAUUUCUUCGGAGGACACUAGUUUACACUUUCACCAACCUUUCUCAUAUCAGUUUUUUAUGAGCAAGGGAUAAAAUAAUUGUUGAGUUUGACAAAUUUUGAUGAUGUGGCAAAAAGUCCAUUGUUUGACUUUAAACUAUCAUAAUUUAUUAAUUUCAAUCUUAUUCUUUAUUAAUAACCAUAUUCUCACGAAGGAGAUUCGAUCGGGUCCAGUUGCUGAAAUGCAGACCUGCUUGUGCUACUCGAAGAGCUCCUUGAGAUUGGAGGCCGGUGUCGAGCCUCGCCCCUUGAGCGAGAUUCUAGUGAGAACAAAUACGAGCCGGGAGGACAUUGGAGGGAUGCACGCGGUGGCAGGGAUCUUGACGGCGAGAGGUGGGAUGACGUCUCAUGCCGUGCCGCCGUCGUGGCUCGAGGAUGGGAAAAAAAGAGGACAAAACAAAGCAAGCUGGCAAGAGCUCGUUCGAUUGCAGGCCCUCCAUGCUCCAUGACCCCAUGACCUGAAAGAAUCUCGCUAGGGGAUCUGAUUCAGUUAGCAAUCGCCUUCUUCGCCAGCCCAACGACCUCCGAUUGACUGCUUCAGAAAUUGGGGCGAUGGUUUUUGUCGAGUUUCCCAUCAAUUCGGGCGUGCUUCUUGAUAAGGAUUGAUAAAUACAAGCUGCCUCCCCCAUUGUUGCUGCUCUCAUCGCCUUUCCAGUUAUUGUUGUUGUUCUUCUCGCCCAUCAGAUCCCGGUACCCGACGGCGGAGGAUCCCCAAUAGAGCGGCAUGCUCCACAUCAGAGCCGUCCCGUAAUAUUCGGAGGCCCUGUUCUACAAUUUAAAAUGUGGCCCCAAAUUUUUAUUUCAUAAAUCUAUUAAAAAUAAUAAUAAUUAAAUAAUAAUUACUUAAGUUUAGA